AUGUGGUUUCAUGUGUUGUGCGUGCUUCUUUCUUUGGCACUUGUAGAGAAUUCUCAACUCAAGAUACACAUUCCUCGCUCCAGCUCCGGAAACUACCCACGUCUUCGUCUCAAUCAACAGUUUCCAUCUCUAAAUGAGUUUACGAUUUGUUCUUGGAUCAAACCGCAUUCGAUUCAAAGAGAAUUUUCGACAUUUAUUUCCUAUGCGACCCUUCGAUCCGACAAUGAAUUUGCUGUGUGCCUUUCGAAUAAAACUGGAACCGUCAGCGUAGGUGUCAAUAUCGCAACCGAGUAUACGGAAAUACGAUGCCCAAAUAUAGAAUGGACAGUGGGUGAGUGGUACCAUCUUUGCGUAUCUUGGUUUAACACGAAUGGACAUUUGCAAGUGUAUAGGGAUGGUUAUCGAUGUUAUAUCUAUAAUUUUAAUAAAACGAUUGCUACAGGCGAUCGUAUCUAUGGAAAAGGUGUGUUUAUUGUCGGGCAAGAUCAGGAUGCUUUUGAUGGUAAAUACGAAGCUGAUCAAGCGUGGAUUGGUGAUAUAGCAGACAUAAAUAUGUGGGACGAAGUUCUAACAGAAAAACAAAUGAUAGAAGCUGGUAAAUGUGAGGGAAAAAGGAAGAAGGGAAAUAUUAUUAGUGGAUUGACAUCUUCCAUGACCGCUUUAGGUAUUUCUAUAUCGGAAACUGAACUCUGUCAGAUUUGA